AUGUUUUACCUGGGGCGUUUUCUGAACAAGCUCACAGGGGGAGUGCGAUCUUCAGCGCGCCUGAGAGCCCGAAGUUGUGCCGCAGCCGGGUUGGCCUCCGCCCAGGAAGUCGCUGGCUCCGCGUCGGCCAAGACAGCAUGUCUGACUUCCUCAUCACACAGAGCCACAGACAGGCGCACGUCCAAGAAGUUCAAGUAUGACAAAGGUCAUCUUGUAAAGUCAGAAUUACAGAAACUCAUCACUAAAAGUGAGAGUGCUUCUUUGCCAAAAGUGACUCCUGAGACCCGCUGUGAAAAUGCGUUUGCUGAAGACGGUGCCCUCCUUCCGGGCAGUGAGGCCGGCGUGUCCACACGCCCGGAGGCUGCGGGUCUCCCGCUGGGCCGCUGCGGAGUCGUGAGUGACUCCUGCUCAGCACGGACGGAAGACGGCCUGCCCGCGCCCAAACCUGGCGCCGAUCCAGGAGCAGAAGAACCCAACAGCGGUUCCGCUGUGCAGGGAGAGUCGGCGCUGGAGACAGAGGGAGGGCGGGCGCCGCUGCUCCAGAUGGACGACAGCGUGUUUCUGGACGACGACAGCAGUCAGCCAAUGCCAGUGAGCCGAUUCUUCGGAAACGUGGAACUCAUGCAGGACCUGCCGCCGGUGUCUCCGUCUUGUCCUUCAAUGAGCAGAAGAGAAUUCAGAAAAAUGCAUUUCAGAGCCAAAGAUGACGAUGACGAAGAUGAUGGUGAUGCAGAAAUGUAGAGAACACACGGAACAAUGUCCUUGUGUGCCAUGCAGUUCCAGUCUGACAGCGCAGCCCGUUACGAGAUUUAUAGAAAAUGUGUCUCCGAGAGAAUGUGUCCUUAAUCCCUGCAAACCUGGCCAUCGGCGCAAAGCACCAAAACCUGUGAACUAAAGUCUUUGAGAUUGCAAAGCCGCCGUCUGUGGCAGUGUCCUUUCUUACGUACCCGUGUGUGUGACAAUGGCGCGAGUCAGCUGAGGGGCUUGGGGCUCCGCGCGAUCUUUGUGAGGACAAUUCUUCAGCUCAUUAGCUUUGAUAAUAUGCAAGUUGAUUUUCCAUUAUCAAAAUUUGAUCAUUCUUGUGAUUAAUUCAAUGCCAGUUCUUAAAGAACUCUCCUUAUUUCUGUAUAUGAAGCUAAUGUUUACUCUUGGAAAUUCUGCAAAAUACAUA